AUUUACUGCUUCAAUUAAAAAAUUUUAAAGUUUUUAAUUUAUUUGUUUUUUACGUGUAACUACACUAAUAUACAACAAAAAUUAAAAUAAUGUUGAGUUUAUGAACAAUGGAUGUACACUCUAAACACUGAUGCAUCAAAGUCCACAGGAUUAUUGACGAAAGUUACGUUUGAGGAUAUCUAAAUUGAAGGCAAUUGCUUUGUUUAUUUUCCAGUGGAGUAUCAAUUUUGACAUCCUUCAUUUCAAGUCUAAAUAUAUGAAAAUACAUGCACAUAAACUUUUAGUAGUAGCAGUAUACUAUUUCUUAUGCUGUGUGUAUGUUACUUUAGAUACCAGGAUACAGAGCCGACACAGACUCUGUGGAUAUACCCCACUCUUGAAUAUGAACAGUAGCCUAUUUCUCAUGUAACAAACAUGCUGCAGUUUACAAACACAUAUUCUAACAGAUAAAAUGGAACUCAGGAUCUCCUGGAGCCGACGUAUAGCUAUUAUUUACACAUUGUGUAUAACGGUUUUAUCCAUAUUGUUGGUGCCAGAAUGCAUUGCUUGUAAUGGUAAAACAGAUGGAUUUCGUCAGGUGCUCAACUCUACGACUGGUAUAAUAUCAGAUGGCAAAGGGGAUUAUCCCAUAUCUGCUCAUUGUGAAUGGCUCAUUCAAGCUGGGAGCCCAGAUAAAUUCAUCACACUUAAGUUUGAAAACCUGAGUGUAGAAUGCUCCUACGAUUAUAUCUUCAUCUACGAUGGGGAGUCCUACAACAGUAAGCUUCUGGGGAGCUUCUCAGGCAGUAACACCCCACCACUCAUCACUGCCACAUCAGGGAAUAUGCUGAUAUACUUCUACAGUGACAGGAAUUAUGCCCUUGAGGGUUUUAACGCCACCUAUACAGUAACAGACUGCCUGCUAGACUGUAGUGGUAAAGGCACAUGUAAUAGCCUUACCCACACAUGCCAUUGUCAUCCUGGUAUGACAGGAGACGGCUGCCAGCUUCAGGAAUGCCCAGAUUUUUGCUCCCAGCCAUUGGGUGAAUGUAUCGGAGGGAAAUGUGUAUGCAUAGAUGGCUUUACAGGAUCAAACUGUGCCCUUUCAAUGAAUAGCACCAUAGGAAAUAGCUCCUGGUAUCAGGUUGCUCCUGCUGGAUCAGGCUUUACAGCAAGAACAGGCCAUGCUGGGGCCUUUAUCUCAUCAUCGAAUAGUUUCUGGUUAUUUGGUGGCAAUACUCUCAAUGAAAUACUCAAUGACUUGAUACGUUAUGACUUCCCGAGCAAUAAAUGGAUUGAGGUGACCAAGAGUGGCACGUGGCCGGAAGCUCGGAAUAAUCACGCAGCAGCUGCAACUCAGUCUGGGUUGUUUAUAUUUGGAGGCAUCGCUGCCAAUGGGACUCAUUUAUCAGACCUUUGGUUUUAUGACAUCACAUCGGGGGUAUGGAUUGAGAAAGCACUGGCUGGUACAGUGCACCCUCCGGGGCUCUCUGGCCACACCUUAACACUGGUAACCGAUGGCAACUCUCAGUAUCUUUACUUACUCGGUGGACGUGACACCUAUGGUGCGUACCAGUCUGCCCUUUACUGCUAUGACAUCCUGGGUACUACAGACACCUGGAUAUAUCUUACACCCAAGGGGGGCAAGGAGGAACUACGUCGAUUAGUCGGCCAUUCAACAGUGUACCACCCUGAAUCAAAAUCCCUCCUUGUGUAUGGUGGGUUUACUCCUGACUAUGCACGCUUCAGUAAGCGCAGUAAACAAAUACACUCUUACCAUAUAGAAUUGAAUUAUUGGUCUCACCUUGAUGCUGAGCCACCCUCCCAUCUCCAUUAUAACUCAUACAGUUUUAUUGAGCCCCCAAACGACCGUGCGUUCCACUCGGCCAAUAUAAUAGGCAAUUAUAUGGUGGUGUAUGGGGGGAACUGUCAUAUUCAUCAGCAUGAGGAGAUAUGCUAUGAUAAUAAGCUUUACCUGUAUCACUUAGGGUGCCAUGUUUGGAUAAACCACACAGCAUUAGAGUUACCAUGGACUGGAGGUGUAGCAAGCUCAGGAUUUGUCGGUGGCAGAUAUAGUCACGUGGCAUCAGUAGCAUUUGGGAACACACUGCUAAUAUCAGGGGGAUACCAGGGCACUGCUCUGGGGGACCUUAUUGCAUACAAGGUGCCCCCUUCAAUGGCUAGAAAUCAGAAUGAUGACAGUAUAAAAGACCAUUGUUCUGAGAUCACUGAUGGCAACUACUGUCGCUUUGAUCCGGAGUGUGCGCUGUGUACAAGCAAGAAACUUAACUAUAUGCCCGGAUGUAUUCACAGAUCUAAAACUGGCGAUUGUAAAGGCAUCAUGGAUACCUCAGAAUGCCCUGGUAUAUGCCCCACCCUCAAAGACUGUCAAUCAUGUGCAGUUCAAGGGAAAGGCUAUACAGUCACCAUGGAGACCACCAAACAUGGACUAAAGUAUAACGAUCAAUGUGCAUGGUGUGUAAAGGAAGCCACAUGUCAGCUUAGUAAUGUGACAAGAGGUGCAUGUAACCACACAGAUGGGACAAGAUCAGGCCUCACUGGAUGGUGGGGUAUAAUGAGUCAUCGACCAACAACUUUAGAAAUGUGUCGUCUUCAAGACAAACCUGCUGGAUUACACUUCCUGAAAUACCUCCCACCUCAGAAUCUUGAACAACCUGAUGAAGUGAUUAUCAUUCGGAAUACAACAGCCCAAUUUAUUGCAUUUGGUAGAAGACAACUGAUGGAAAUUGAGCAAACUCUAAAACCUGGCAAAUAUAUCGGACUUAUGAAAGGUUUCAUUUAUCCACUGGAGGCAGAGAUACCCAGCAGAGAUCCCAUACAAGUCACGAUGGUAGCAAAAAAUGCCCAAUCUGAUGUCUAUCUCAGUUUAGAUGACACAAAGGCGCGCAAGGAGAAAGUGGCAUCACUGGCUUAUUCAAAUGUCCAGAGUGAGAUCAGCGCUGUUAGGCCAAGUGGGGAGGCUAUAUUUCCUGUAAAUGAUCGCAGCUCUAGAUAUUACGUAGAAUACACAGCUGAAUUGGAGAUAUUUGAUGACGUUAAAAAAGCCUCUAUGCAACUGGUUUGGAAUGGUGCUAUACCAGAUACUAGUACUUCAAUGCUACGACAGCCAUUUUUCAAUGAAUUCCUUGAACCAUACACGGACACCGCCUCUAACGCAAACUGCAGUAACCUUGGCAACUGCCUAGCCUGCUUAAGUGACACUGUAUGUGGGUGGUGCAAGAACAAGGGAAAGUGCGUCAUGAGGAAUGAUGUUGAUAAUGCUGGUUGUGCCACUACAUCUGCUACAGAGCUUGUGAUUACACCUGCUGAUUGCACAGUUUGUGGCGAUCAUCUCUCUUGCCAUAUAUGUGCUGCAGAUAGUCUUUGCGAAUGGCUACCUAAUGAUGGGCGUUGCAUGAGAAGGGGAAGAUAUGUGAAUGCGAUACAAUCUGUGGGGCAAUGUGCUGCCGCUUGUCAUCUCCGUAGUAACUGCUCCACAUGCAUUGGAGACAGAGGGGAAUGUGCCUGGUGUGGGAGCACUUCCACAUGUUUCCCAUUCUCCGACUACAUCACCCGCCACAACUUUGGGCAAUGCACUGAGUGGUUUGACAGCAAAAGCCAGAAUUGCAGUGAUUGUUCCCAGCAUACAACCUGUAAGAGCUGCCUUAAGGAGUUCCAGUGUGGCUGGUGCGGGAAUACUGAUAAUCCAACCAUAGGGCGAUGUCUCUCUGGGGAUUUCACUGGUCCUAGUGAAAACAACAAUUGCUCAGCUUUGGUAGCAGAAGUUAACAACAUCACCGCCUCUGAACCUGCAGCAUGGGCUUAUGGGAUAUGUCCUGAUGUGCAGGAGUGCACCCUGGGAGUACAUGAUUGCCACGAGAACGCAACUUGCAUCAAUACAUUUGAGAGUUAUAACUGUACUUGUAAACAAGGAUUUGUUGGGGAUGGCAAGGAGCGGUGUGAUGUCACGUGUUUCCAUGAUUGUGUCUUCGGAACAUGCUCUGAGGCACCGGACUACAAAUGCAUCUGCGAUAGAGGUUGGACUGGAGAAGGUUGUGAUAUUAAUUGCCAAUGCAACAAUCGCAGUACAUGUGUGUAUGGUGUGGGUCAGUGUGAUAAUUGCGAGGAUUGGACUAUGGGAACUCACUGCCAGGAAUGUCGACCUGGUAGCUAUGGCAACGCUAAGACAUCUGAAGGUUGCAAACAGUGUGAAUGCAAUGGACACGCAGACAAUGGCUUAGACACUUGUAACAUGUCUACUGGUCAGUGCUACUGCAGGGAUAACACACAUGGUGAUCACUGUGAGCUCUGCCAGGAGAAUUACUAUGGAGAUCCAAGGAAUAAUGGAAGAUGCUACCUAAAGUGUGAUGGCCGCACAGUUGUUACUGAUGUAGUAGAAGGGGCCCUUGGUUCCCAUGAUGGCUCCGGAGUGGCGGACCCCUUACAUGCAUAUUGUGUGUGGUUCUUAUUAUUCUCUAUCAUGGUUAGGUAUUUAUUGUAAAUGUGUAAUCGUAAAA